AUGAGUCCCGAAGAAUCCCAUGCCCAGGCUAGUCAUGUUACGGCCAAGCUCCAGAAACAUGAUGCCUUCAAGUACCAGUGGUCUCGACACGUGGCCCGUGGUAGACUUGACAAGGACCUUAGGAGAGCUCUCGAUAAGAUGCCGAAGGUGAAUCCCAAGGACAGUGCCCCGGUUGACGUCAAGCUUGGGGCCGCUCUGAAAAAGGUCAAACGUUCGCAGCAGGUUGGCCUUCUUCCAGAGGAGCAGAGGCGCUUCAAGGUUGGAAUCGUCGGUGCUGGAGUGGCGGGCCUGUUUACCGCGCUCGCCCUCGAUUGGAUCAAUGAGACUAUCGAGAAACACAAGGGCGGUGGCAAUCUCAAGGUUGAGUACGAAAUCUUGGAGGCUGCCCAUGAGGAGCGCCUCGGUGGACGACUUUACACCCACCAGUUCACUGAAGAAGGGCUUCACGACUACUACGACGUCGGUGCUAUGCGGUUUCCGCGUAACGAGGUCAUGUCCAGAACAUUCCGUCUUUUCGACUACCUUGGCAUCAGAGAGGGAAAGCUUGGCGACCGAAAGCACGUCAAGGAUAAGCCAGUCUUGAUCCCAUACUACCUUCGCGACGACAACAACGUCUGUCCCUCGUAUUUCAACAACGUUAGAAUCGUCGGAAAUGCUUGGGACGACAAACGUCAUGAUCCGUUUGCCCUGAAUGAAGGCAUUGAAGAGGCCAAAAAGAUACCGUGCGAAUUGACCAUGAAGAAUCCAAGCGACUUGGUCUACGAAGCUCUGAAACCAUUUGUCGAUCUUGUGGACGAUUGCUUUCAUGACGAAGCGGAUGACGAAGAUGAUGAAGUGGUAUGGAACCUACUCAAGAAAGGCGACCAAAUGAGUGUGCGACAAUACUUGCUGUCAAGUGACAAGGACAAAAGUGGUAGGACUUGUUGCUGCUGCAAAAACUGUCGUAAGAAGUGGUGUUGUGAUGAUCCAUUCAUCCCGGGCCGCAACUACAGCUACAAUACAAUUCAAUGGCUAGAGACUGCAACUUAUGGUACAGGCUGGUAUGACCAAAGUCUGACCGAGGCUGCUUUAGAGAUCCUUGACUUCGAGGUCCCUGCAGCGAAGCCCGAAGAGACCAACAAAUACUGGUGGUGUGUUGAUGGAGGUGCUCAAUCUAUUGCGAAGGCAAUGCGCGACAAAAUGAAGAACUCGGACGUCAUCCAAUACGACACCCAAGUUGUGGGUAUGAAGGCGAACAUUAAGCUUCCAGUUGAGAAGUUCAAGAAGAGGAUGGAACUCCAGCUACAAGAUUCUGUUCAACGCAAUCCUCUCAAAUCGAAAGAGUACUUCGUGGUUUUCAACUCCACAACUCUAGGUGCAGCCAAUCGGAUGGACCUCUCCCAAGCUGGUCUGCUGUGGGAUACAAAGCAGGCAAUUCGGUGCUUGAACUAUGGCGCUUCCUGCAAGGUUGGCAUCAAGUUCAAAUCGGCAUGGUGGCGCAAAGAGCCAUUCAACAUCACCAAAGGCGGUCUAGCUCGGACAGACCUGCCUUUGCAGGUCUGCGUCUAUCCCUCGUACAACAUUGACAACACAGUAGAUCAUGAAGAUGAUCCAGCUGUCCUUCUAGUGUCUUACACCUGGGGCCAGACAGCCCAACGUUUGGCUACACUCAUUGCCUCAAAGUCGCCUCAGAAGGCCAAGGAAGCUCGAGAAGACCCAGCCGUCAAGGAAGACAUGCUUAGAGAGGAGGCUGAGCUGAAGGAGAUUCUUCUUCGCGACCUGGCCUACCUUCAUGCCGAUUGGGAAAAGAACUCUGAUGAGAACGAAGAGAGGUUCAAAGAUACUUUAAAACGCAUUGAACUUGAGUAUCUAGAGCAUCAUGCGUACGACUGGUAUCACGACCCCCAAACGGCGGGCGCAUUCGCGUACUUUGGUCCGUGCCAAUUCAGCGAAUUGUACCCUUCCAUAACGAAGCCCAACGCACUCGGACAUCUGUAUUUUGUGGGAGAAGCAGCGUCCGCACAUCAUGCCUGGGUUGUAGGUGCCUUGGAGAGUGUCGUCCGAGCACUGUGGCUGAUGUUCGACAAUCUCCACCAAGCCAGUUGUGAUGAGCAUGGGAAGGAUCAUGACGACCAUAGGCCUUACAAAUGGGCAAUGGAGCUCCUUGAGCGUGGCUACUUUGAAGACAAAGAGGGGCGCUUUCAUCCUUCCAAGAACCCCAGUCCUUCACCAUUCUUCCCUCUGCCGGUGGAGAUGCCAAUUCGCACCGAUAGAGAGAUCAGGGAACGGAACGCUCGUGACGAACACGGCGAAUUAUUGCAUGACCGUAUCGGUCUGGGACCUCUCAUGUUCGGCGCCGCUUUCGUUGGCAUUGCACUGCUCGAGUACGCUUUGGAGAAUUGGCUGGAUGCGACCGACGAUGAUGACGACCAGGAUGAGAAUGGUGAAGAUUGA